AAAAAAAAAAAAAAAAAAAACCAUAAACACUACUUCAGUCUCUGUGGAUUGCAGACACCAGCAGGUGUUUCCCACCGAUCAACCGAACUGGAACCGUCAAAGGGAUUUUAUCUGUCAUAGCAAAUGUCGAUUGUAAACCAACUCUGUGGCAAUCUCGCCGUAUUUGUCAGCAAAGCGAGAGCGGGGAAUGGAGGGAAUUUCAACUUUUACUGUCUGUUUUAGUCGAGCGGGGUUUUGAUUUCAGUAAGUUAUGAUGAAGGGCUUCGUGAUCAGCCGCAGAGAGGAGAGGAGCAGCGGGGCAGCCCGCCUCGUGUGGCCGCUGCUCGUUGCGUGUCUGUGGGCUGCCGCGGUCGCCUACAAGCCGGUGAUCAUCGUCCACGGCUUGUUCGACAGCUCUGAAGACUUUAAGACCCUCCAGCAUUUCAUUAACCAGUCUCAUCCUGGAACCAAUGUGACAGUGAUUGACUUAUUCGACCGAAGUUCCAGCCUGCGGCCCAUGUGGAAACAGGUGCAUGGUUUCAAGGCGGUCAUUUAUCCGAUCAUGCAGAAUUCAGCGGAGGGAGUUCAUUUAAUCUGCUACUCUCAAGGUGGACUCGUUUGCAGGGGAAUCUUGUCCACUUUGCCAGAUCAUAACGUGCACUCCUUCAUUUCGCUGUCCUCGCCUCAAGCUGGGCAAUAUGGCGACACCAACUACUUGAAGUAUCUGUUUCCUCAGUUUGUCAAGUCCAACCUGUACCAUCUCUGUUAUACAGCCGUGGGCCAGAGAAUAUCUAUCUGUAACUAUUGGAACGACCCCCACCACAGGGACAUGUACGCCAACAGCAGUGAUUAUCUGGCCCUGCUCAACAGCGACAGACCUAAUCCAAAUUCAACAGAAUGGAAGAAAAAUUUCUUGAGAAUCAAAAAGCUGGUGCUUAUCGGAGGACCGGACGACGGAGUCAUCACUCCCUGGCAGUCGAGUCAGUUUGGGUUCUUUGAUGACAACGAGGUGGUUGUUGAGAUGCAGCAACAAGGCGUCUACUUAAGGGAUGUCUUUGGUCUGAAGACACUGGCAGCUCGUGGCGAUCUGAUCUUGUGUUCUGUUCCUGAUGUCCACCAUGUCUGGUGGCACUCCAAUGAGACUGUAUUCCACACUUGCAUGGAGAAGUGGCUGGUUUGAAACUCAACAAACUCAGUCCUAAACAUCAAAUUUUUUUGCAAAAUGAGCUUCUUGCUGUGUUACAACGAGGGUCCUCAGUUUCCAACAGGGUUCUGUCACGGCAGCAAUAUUUCUUUUGGGGGGAAAAAAAAUACUUCUAGGCUAUAAAUGUGAAAAACAGAACAACAAGUAAGUAUGGCUAUGGAAAGCCCUUUAAGUAUUUAUUUAAUAGCCUUGAUAAACAAGCUAACAGCUCCCUAAUAAUUAGACAAUUACAAACAUUAAGAGAAUGACUCAAGUGCAGUAGUAGAACUACUUUAUCUUGCUAGUAUUUUUCCCAAAGUGCCAAAGAUACCCUACAAGGGUUCAGAAGUGUUAAAAAAAAAGUGGUGUAACACAAAAUUGAAAUGAACCUUACGAGUAAGACUGUUUUAAUUGGGCCAUAUUCUCUCAUUUUUGCUUGCAGUAAUUUUCAUUUUUUUUUUUUUAAACCACAUUUGAAGGUACAAGCUUUAUCCUGUUAUUCUACUUCUGGCACAACCAUCAAAUAACCAUUUUUCAUGAUUUUUAAGUAAUUACAGUACAGGUUUUUUUAAUAUACUGUAUAUAUAUAUAUAUAUAUAUAUAUUUUGUUAAUUGUAAAGAGACACAUAAAAGGCACAAACUGUCAACGACUGUAAACAAGUAAAUGCUUCCAUAGAUGUACAAGUUUACCAGCAUUUAAGCUAUCACCUAGAGCCAAAAUUUAUGAGGAAGAUCUCCAGAAAGAAGUGUUGAAUCAGCUCAUUCAUCAGUCAGGCAUCAUUUCGAUGUGUGUUGAGCAGUUUUUGGUUACACACUUGUACCUCGAAGCGACACGUGACAACAGUGCCUGAGUGACGUUCUAUCAUCUGCUGUCACUGCCUUAAUCCUAUUUAAUGCAGUCCUUUUUUAAAUGUUUGUGCUUAGUUUUCCAUGUUUUCUUGUUAUUAAUAUUGUGAACAUAAUAGUGUUAGCCUUGUAGCAUAGUUGAUGUUUUUAUUGAUGCUAUGAUGGUAAGCUCAAAAUGACUUGGGCAAUGAUGCAGUUUUAGACUACAUUAUGAGUAGGAACAGUUUUUGUAGUUAAUGCCUUAAAUUUCCCCCUUCAUGCCUCAGUGUUUCCUGUCCCAAACCGAAAGUGCUCAGUUAAACUGCUUGUUGUGAUAGUGCUAAAGAGAUAUUAGUGUAGUAGUCAUAAAGAUUUCAGUAUUCUGUUUAAUGGAUACUUGUCUGUUCAUUUAUUACAAUUAACAUCACUUUUGACCUUUGCCUAUAGACCUUAGUCGUUUGAGCAACCUUUGAUUGUGUGCCCAUCUUGCAAGCGAUUUCAUUCUCAUAAUAACCAUACUGUAGUAUUUCAAAUAAAGAUAUGGAUAUCAUGGGAACUUUUUUUUAUAUGGGCAGAUUUGAAGGUACUUCUAUAAAACUUCCUGAAAGGAAUUGUAAACUGUAUGAUGAAUUCAAAUAUGAAUGGGGAAUGGUCUGUUUGAAGCUUUAAAUUGAAUGUCAUACUGUUGUCAUUUUUUUUGUAUAAAGUAUGCUUGUACAAACUAUUUUACCGAACUUUAUAUCAUGCUUUUAAGAGAUGUCAUCUUUCAUGUUCAUUGUCUGUCUGCACAGUGUGAACUUGGACUUUUUAAAAAUAUAAACAGAUACAGCUAUUUUGACAGUGUCCUCAAGUUUAUAGUGUGUAAUCUGUUUUGAGGUGUUGUCUUUAUUCAAUAAAAGGUUACAAACGUG